AUGUCCGUUGGCAGGAUAGUAGGCGUAGGAGGACGCGCAACUGCGACUUGCAAGCGCUUUCCCUCACAUACACCCGACGACACCCUGUCCCCCUCCUGUCCGGCCGCUUCAGUCCUUCACUCGAACUAUUCCCUUUUGCUGCAGCUGUUCCUGCUGGGCUCCCUGGUGGUCAGCGCAGGUGCCUCACCCCUGGCCGUCAGCAAUGCCAACGAUGUGACCACCUUUUCACUCCGCAAUGCCUAUGACAAUAACCCGUUGGCAAGACCCACUCGCCUUGAGUCGCCCGACAAAUCCGACGCUCUGGCUCUUGAUCCCCGACGGAUAAUGUGCGGCUACCAGUUGAUCGUCAAUUUAAAACUACAGUGCGGUUCGCGAGGCACGUACUCGCCCUACGACCACGGUGCCCGUAUUCGUCGGAGUCUCCGCAUGGGUGAGUUUCCUGGGAUCCACCCCAAUCCGGGGAUGGAGAGAGGAGAGGAUUUUAGAGAACAGUUUAAUGACUGCAGACCCGAAUCACUUCAGAUAUCAAGAUUCCUAGAUUUUAGCAUUUUUGUAUGUGAUUUUACUCUACUUGAAAGUACUGCACUACCCCUACUUGUCGGUUUAACUGUAAGUGCUAAUGCCAUAGUGGUUAGAAGAUAUCUCAUGAAUUUAACAAUUUCAUCAAUUGCAACCACAAAUUUGGCCGAGAGAAGACGUAAAACUUGCGUAACCCAUUCGAUUUGCGAAUCCGUGGUACGAGGCUUCACGUGACUCAUACAUACUUGGUCGUCUGUUGAAAACUUCUAUUUUAUUCCAACUUACUUAUUCUUAGAGGAUUUGCGAUUCACUUGUGAUCUCCUCUCAAAGCUGAUGAGAACCCCGGAUUUCCUUGCAAACUUUUACUUUUCCGCAACCUUUGACUUCAUCGUCUACGCUAGUUGCUUUCCUGUUCCGUGGGAGAAACGCCGGUGAAAAAGAUGGUUACGAACCCUUGGGGGAUUGCCAGACAACUUCAUGCUCGUUACGCCAUUCUUACGUUUACCAGAGUUCACCUUUAGAGCAAACAACUUGCACACAAUCUUCUAUUAACUGCACAAAACUGGGCUUUAUUUUCUCUCAUGGAUAUAUAGCGUCGUCCGAGACCUCCUACUCUGUUGUACAUUGUCUUCCGCCACUAAAUGCAAGACAGAUCUGCCUCUUAGGUCCGCAGGCAGCAUUAUCGGCAGCCUCCCCCCCCCCCCGGACCGUCAGGUAGUUGGUGGCACGGUGCCAACAUAGGCGCCGGAGCUCACAGAACUGGAAUAUCCAUGGCUGAAGAUGACUAAUAAGUCACAAAAAGACCAUCCUGGCGUUCCUUUCUUUGUCCCAAACACUUGUCAGGAAGAAAUGCUGUUUUGCUUUCUGGCGCAACCCUGCUUAGACGUGAAAGUGGAAUCGUGUCAUAAAAUGUGGUGAAGUUUCCCCAUGAAUAUGCCGAGCCUAGCCGCAUGAUUCAUAUAACCAGCCAGAACUCGACAGCCUACCUUACAUUUCAGUAUUCGCGGUCACAAAGUACUUCGGAAGGCGACUAGAUUGCCUAAAACCUACAGGACAGUCACAGUCGACACUAGCCCAGUGUCAUCAUGCACACAGCCUUGGGGGCCACACAUUCGUCGUAUCGCGUUUCCUACCGCAAUCCUCACCUCAGGAAUCGUUCUUUCACCGCCUUUCUCCUCAAUGCAUGCAUUUAGAUACCCAGAUGUCGAGCUACUGCCUGCAGAUCAGGAGGAUUUUCCCCGAAUGCGUUCCGCCAAGGGACCGUUUUUAAGUUUAACGAGUCGAACGUGGACUCCGGCUUAAGGACAGUCAGGAUGCUGUCACCCACUGCUAAGGUCAUGUUGCUGAAAGAUGAGAAACACCUGCACUUAAGGGUCACAUUUUAUUAGACGUAAACUGAUCCUUCAAAUAGCUGCAAUAAAUCCGCUGAAUGAAUCUAAAUUUAUGCCCGCCUUUAUUCGGACUUGCUGCCUAGUGGAACUUCCUGCUAUUGCAAAGGCAACACUUUCGUCAUCUGUGGGCUGUCGAUUCUGUUGCAAUUCCUGGCCUCGGAAAAGUAAAAACACCUCUCUUGAGGUGAUAUUGAAGUACUUCUCUUGUUUAUCUCUCUCAUUCUCGUGUCUGAAUGCCUCUAUGAAGUCUGGUUAGUACUUUUAGCUCUCUCUCUCGAGUCUUCUUCUGCGACGCUUUUUAUUUGCGUGAAAGAUGCACCCUAGUGGCCGUCCCUUCCUACCCACACUGCUGAGGGACUUGCCUCUGCAGUACUUGACAAAACGCCCGAUAGACAGUCAGUACAAACAGGACACCAAGGAUUACAUGAUGUCAACUUGUUAGCUGGCCUCGGGCUUAAUAACUAAAUGGAAAGAAGCAGAUAGGGUUUUAUGUUCCAAGUUGCUGAUUUCAGUCAAGGGCUAAUCGUGUUCCGUCUCCAAUUUCUAGGCUAUGAACAAGCGCCAUUCCGGCCGAGAAAUCCGGACGAUAUCUGCUCCCUUUACCUCCUCUACGAACCGCACAGUGUCAUCACGGAAUGCUGUUGCCGGGGCUGCACUCGACGUUAUCUUGACCAAUUUUGUGCCAAGAACUGAGCUCUCACGCCGCCUCCUUGGCAUUCCUUCCCCUACCAGUCAGGAGUCUGCGAAGGAUCAAACGUCACUUCUACAAGCCGGACCCUUACGGGACUCUACAUUCCCUCUUGAAAUGCCUUCGUCUUCCAUCUUCAGUCUAGCCCCAGCCAUCUUCGGUCCCUCUGUCACCUCAGUGAAUCCCCUCCUCGACCUUCCGCAACUCCGACUCAACAAUCAAAAAAAAGCGCACAUAUUUCUCAUGACCGACUUUACUCCUAUUUUGUAUAUUUUCCAGAUUUUUCUCCCCAAGGACAGCAAAGAAUGUAAGUCGGACUUGAGAAGAAAGACAACGGAUAAAAGUGCAUUCUUUGGCUGCCCAUGUUUCAUACAUAAGAGCAAGAAAGGAAAUUUCUGACUUUUAAGGCCUUCUCGGCCAUGUGUACUCGACAAUCCUCGACGAACGGACCUCUUUUUGGUCGAUUCGUUGAUUUGAACCUCCUCAUCAUUCUGAAAUCUCCUUGUUGUCCCCCCCCCCUUUUUUUCUAACUCGAGCGCCCGAUGAGAAACUCUUGAUGAAUAAAGAUGACUUUGAGUUCCUAAUACUCUGUCUGCUGUCUGGGUUGGGGAGAGUGGAAGGGCUUGUACUGGUAGCCACCGUUUGGCGCAAGUACUUAUUUUGAUAUGGAUGUACCUAUAGUUAAUUAAUCUCAAUUGCGUGUCCCCGGAAACACAGAAGGUAGAAUUCAUAUGUUGAACUAAAACAAGGACCUGACUCGAACGGCCUGCUGGUUCCUGUUUAGCCCUCACGUGCCUAGAGAAAGCUUGAAAAUUUUUAUAAAACCGCCAACAAGUGUAGAUUAAACGUGAGGAUAAGAAUCCUACCAGUACUACAGGGACAUCUCAUCCGUGUCCUUACUUUAAUCCUGGCUUUAACCCUCAUAACGCUAACCCUGACGUUCAGCCUAAACACUUAACCUAACCCCCUUGAAUUUAGGAAGAAUGUCACCAGUAAUACAGGGGACCUGUACUCCUCUGCCCAACGCAAAACAAUGGCCGGGAGAUCAAAGCAGUGAGGAAAGCGCGUUUGUGGUACUAACUCGUAAAAAGGGCAGUUAUUUUACACAAGGUUUCAAGAUGUAGUGCAAUUCAAGGUCAGAUGUUUUAAUCGUGCUCAUUGGUCACUGCGCAGAGGCAUCGGACACUCCGUGAAAUAAAGAUCGCUCUAGUAAAACAAACGACACCAAAAGUACCUAGGAAUUAAGCGCGUGGAUACAGCACUAUUUAGUGGGUCUAGACAUGAGUUAUUGAAGUCUGAGCUUAGGUCUCUGGAAUGCAAUCGGAUAAAAUCGAUGAAGUAAGGAGUCCGAUUUAUGACCAAGACAAGUCGAUUACAAAUUCUGGAGUGGAAAAAAUCAAAUUCUCACUUCCAGAAUAAAGAUGGUUCUGCGAAGUAAAACGUGGGUGUAAUGAACCACCAUGAACAUCGGACGCAUUUUCUUUUAAUCAGCCCGUCGCACCUGUUGUUGUACUUCGGCAGUUACAUACAUGGAAGGAUCAUAAAGACAAUAACAGCCGGAGUUCGCCAGACAGUGUUUGUUAUUACAGUAUCUGGCUUUUGAGUUAGGCUGAGUAAAGACACCCAUAGGUAUAUAUGUCGGUGCUUGCCUUCAAUGUAGCCCAGAACACAUCAGUUUCGAUCGCGCUUCUUAACGUGCGUUCGAACGCGCUGCAUCACGCAAACUCAUCGGCGUUUCCAAACGCGUCAAACAAGACUUAGCGUUUGAAGCAGCUGUUAAAUAGUUAUAAUAAUAAUAAUUGUAUUUAAGGGCAGUUUACAGGCAUUACCAAGGAAAUGUAUGUCACGCUACCAGCCAAAAAAAAACGGGAAACAGAACCUUAUGUCGAGCCGCUUUGAGACGGACAUAAAAAAGUAGCGGGACGUUGACAGGAGGAGCCAUUUACUCCCUCUCCAGUGGUCAGGUCAACAAAAUCCACAAUUAAGUCGAAUACUGCCGGUUCCUCAUAAAUGCCGAAGCAGUAAUUUUGCACUUCACGUAUCUGUUUUGCGGUGUCCUUUGUCCACCCUGCUGUGUUACACACGGUGUACAUUGUCGACGAGGACGGUCGAACUGUCAUAGUUAAAAAUAAUAAAAGUAGAAGGAAAUAUACCGCUCAUCUCUCCACAACCGAGCCAGAUUGCAAAUUUGCAGGUCCUAGAACUCAGCGGACAGAUUGCAAACCUGAACUUUAGAAAAAAAUGUGAAAAGUACAUCUUCGCCUUAAUGGCGUGCUCUAUUUGCAAUAUACGCUCAGGAAGCUACAGUGCACGACCGAUCUCAUGAAAUGUUGACCACAAUUUUUAAAUGCGAUUCCGAUUAGGAAGGAUUACUUGUGUUUGUCGGUAAUAACAAACUGCUUAAGUGGGGUUGUUAUACUGAUUAUCAUGCAACAUAACUCUGGAACAUUUUGGACUCGCCAGGAUUUCGACUUCUAAAUUCACUUCUUUUUGGCCUCCUGCAGAGAUCACACUCGGUGAAAAAUAACUACAUAUAAAGCAUGCAUAUUUCCUAUUGAUUUUCGAUAAUCCUAUAAAUUAAAAUAUAUUUUACAGAAAACAUGCAAAAAAUAUGUUUUCUUUUGCUCAAAAUGAUCAUUCAGUUAUGCAAAAUGCUGUAAAUCAGAGAAAGUGUGAGCAGUAUUUGCAGAAUCUGCUUAACAAGAAUUUAAUACUCGUUCUGCAUUAGGGCAGCAGUAUUGGUCUUUCUGUUUAUUUGAGCCACUGUAGUCAAGGGUAUUUUCAAGGGAAUGUUGGGAAAUCGGAUAAUCCUCCGACACUGAUAGGACGCAUUCAGUUUGCUUUGCAGUUGAAGGACAUAGAAGUACAGUGCGUGGUCGAUCUCAUGAAAUGUUGGCCAAAAUUGUGGAACGCGUUUCCGAUUAGGAAGGAUUACUUAAGUAGGGUUGUGAUACUUUUUAUGAUGCAACAUAACUCCAUGACAUUUCGAACUCGCCAGGAUAAUUACUUUAAAAUGUACUUCUUUUUGACUUCCUGCAGAGAACACAUUCGGUAAAAAAUGACUAUUUAUGUAGCAUGCAUCUUUCCUAUUGAUUUUCGAUAGUCUUAUAAGUUCAAAUGUAUUUUACAGAAAAAUGCACAAAAAUAUGCUGGCUUUUGCUCAUUUUGUAGGAAAUCACAUGGUCUUCAUAUUUUCUGCCCGAAGAAAGUGCAUAUUUUAGUUUUAAAAAGUUCCCCAGUUUCCGAUUAAUUUUCAGCAAUUUCAGUCUACAAGGUGCAUGCCUUCCGCGUAAGGAAAAUCAUAUAUUUUUCUAUGCCUUUAAGAAGAUACCACAUAGACUUCAUGAAAUUUUGCAAUGGAUCCGAACUGUGUUGUAAAUUUCAUGGGGAGCAUUAUUAAACAGACAUGUUCGGUCUUGCGUGUAUGGACAUCGCACGGUCUUAAAAAUCUCAUAAAUAAAAACCUUUUUAAAAUCUAAAUAUGCACUUUCUUCGGGCAGAAAAUAUGAAGACAGUGUGAUUUCCUACAAAAUGAGCAAAAGCCAGCAUAUUUUUGUGCAUUUUUCUGUAAAAUACAUUUGAACUUAUAAGACUAUCGAAAAUCAAUAGGAAAGAUGCAUGCUACAUAAAUAGUCAUUUUUUACCGAAUGUGUUCUCUGCAGGAAGUCAAAAAGAAGUACAUUUUAAAGUAAUUAUCCUGGCGAGUUCGAAAUGUCAUGGAGUUAUGUUGCAUCAUAAAAAGUAUCACAACCCUACUUAAGUAAUCCUUCCUAAUCGGAAACGCGUUCCACAAUUUUGGCCAACAUUUCAUGAGAUCGACCACGCACUGUACUUCUAUGUCCUUCAACUGCAAAGCAAACUGAAUGCGUCCUAUCAGUGUCGGAGGAUUAUCCGAUUUCCCAACAUUCCCUUGAAAAUACCCUUGACUACAGUGGCUCAAAUAAACAGAAAGACCAAUACUGCUGCCCUAAUACAGAACGAGUAUUAAAUUCUUGUUAAGCAGGUUCUGCAAAUACUGCUCAUACUUUCCCUGAUUUACAGCAUUUUGCAUAACUGAAUGAUCAUUUUGUUUUUUGUUUUUUUCCUCUCAGAUGACCGUGGGGAUAAUCUGAUGUUGCAGCGCACUAGAAUGGAGCCCCACUGUCUCAUGUCAGCCCUUUGA